AUGAUGAACACACUCGCAAACCACGGAUUCCUCCCACAAGACGGCAGAAACAUCACAAGAGAUACGCUCGUUGAGGGUCUACGUGAUGCUCUGAACUUCAAUUCUUCGCUUUCUAGCCUGAUGUUCGAUAUGGGUGUCGUCGCCAACCCAGAACCCAACGCGACAUACUUCACACUUCGAGCGGAUGCGUACUUUGGGAGCAACCACAUCUUCAACGAAACGAUUUUCAACGAAACAAAGGCAUACUGGACCUCUGAAACUCUCACACCCGCCAUGCUGGCCAACAGCAAGAUCGCCCGCCAGAUCAACUCAAAGGCUUACAAUCCAAACUACAAAUUCACCUCACAGACCGAACAGUUCAGUCUUGGUGAAGUGGCUGCUCCAGUUAUUGCAUUUGGAAACACCCAAUCAGGGGAGGUCAAUCGCACUUUGGUUGAAUAUUUCUUUGAAAACGAGCGCCUUCCGAUCGAUCUGGGCUGGAAGAAAUCCUCCAAGGCUAUCACCCUUAGCGACAUCCUGCGAGUCACCCAAAUGAUCAGCAAUGCCACGAACCUGAUCACUUCCUCCUCUUCCAAAAACCGUGUCAGAAAUGAACUUUGA